UCCUGGGGGGCUGCAGGCUCAGCCCGGUGCCCUGGCCCUCGCCACCGCCCCGCACGCGGGAAGAUGCCCCGGGGGUUUCUGGUGAAGCGGAGCAGGAGGGCGGGCGGCUCCUACAGGGUGCGCCGCCAGGAGAGGGACCCCCAGCAGCCUCUGCAGGUGCCCCCCGCCCAGGAGCCCCCGCUGGCCGGCCCACCCGUGUCCCCGCUCCCCAAAGCCGCUCCGGAGGAGCGGGAGCCGGUCGCCCCGCCGCCGAGCCCGGAGCCAGCUCCUGGGACAGCCACUUGUCGGCCAACUCCGCCCGAGGGACCGGCCGCCUGGGGUGCGGGGGGCGCCUGCAGCGCGGCGGGGCUGAGGAAGGCUUUCUUCGAGCGCUGCCUCAGCUCGCCCGCCUCCGCCGAGUCCUUCCCGCCCGCCGAGAGGCUCCUGCUGCCGCCCCGCACGCCCCUCCCCGCGCCGGGCGGCCGGCUGGCCCAGGAGCCGCUCUGCCCGGCGCUGAAGCGGCCGCCCCGGGCCAAGGCGCCGGCCAAGAAGCCCAAGGCCCUGCGGAAGCUCAGCUUCGCCGACGAGGUGACCACGUCGCCCGUGCUGGGGCUGCGGAUCAAGGCGGAAGGGCCGGAGGGCCGGGCCGGCCCCCCCGCGGGCGGGCGCACGCCGCUGGGCGAGUUCAUCUGCCAGCUGUGCAAGGAGCAGUACGCGGACCCGCUGGCGCUGGCCCAGCACCGCUGCUCGCGCAUCGUGCGCGUCGAGUACCGCUGCCCCGAGUGCCACAAGAUCUUCAGCUGCCCGGCCAACCUGGCCUCGCACCGCCGCUGGCACAAGCCCCGCCCCGCCGCCGGCCCGGGCGCCAAGAAGCCCUCGGGCGCCCCGUGCCCCUCUGAGGGGAAGGAGAACAGCAGCGAGCCGCGCCCCGCAGCCCCCGAGGGGCCGCGCCAGCCGCCGCCGCCGCCCGAGCAGGAUCAGCACCCCAGCGCCGCGGACAGCUCCUGCUGCCGAGACCUGAAGUCCGCCGGCCAGAGCGCCCUGUGCGGGGCGGGCAGCGAGGGGCUGAGGGAGGCGGCCCCUCCGGGCCCGAUCCCCGGCGGCAACGAGGUCUUCGUCUGCCCCUACUGCCACAAGAAGUUCCGCCGCCAGGCUUACCUGCGCAAGCACCUCAGCACCCACGAGGCGCCCCGGCCGGCGGCCUACAGCCCCCUGGAGCGGGGCCAGAUCACCUUCCCCUGCCACCUGUGCGGGGCCCACUUCCCCUCGGCGGACAUCAGGGACAAGCACCGGCUGUGGCACGCCGUGCGGGAGGAGCUGCUGCUGCCCAUGGUGCAGCCCGAGAGCAGUGCCACGGAAGGGGAGCAGCAGAUCUUCUCCUGCAAGCACUGCCCUGCUACCUUCUUCAGCUCGCCGGGGCUCACCAGGCACAUCAACAAGUGCCACCCCACGGAGAACAGGCAGGUCCUUCUGCUCCAGAUGGCGGUCAGACCAGGCUGCUAAUGAGGCAAAGAGCAUCAGUACAAAAUCAUCACACAGGAUGCCUGUAAGCGAUCCAUUUCAGCGCCCAGGAUUCCAAGCGGCUACGAUCCUGAAUCCCCUCUUUCUCAAUUAACUCAAACUCCAUCCCUUCUACUGAUGUUGUGAACAUUAGCCAGCUUAAAAGUCGACACAAUCCUUCUAGGAUGUUGCUAAAGAGCAGAUAAGCACCCCUCCUAUAUUGACACAUAAUAUUAAGUUUGCAGUAUUAUAGCCAUCUGGGUCCCAGGAUAUUAGAGAGACAAGGUGGAUGAUGCAUCUUUUAUUAGACCCGCUUCUGUUAGUGAGAGACAAGCUUUUAAGCCCCAAAGAGCUUUUCUUCAGGUCUGGGAAAGGUUCUCUAUGUCACAGUUAAAUAUAAGUUGAAACGGAUUGUUUAGCAUAAGUCGUUAACACACAUUCUAAGGGACCAUUCAAGGUGAAGUGGCCUGUUGAAAAAUAAGAUUCUCUCACCCACCUUGUCUCUCUCUAUAUUAAUAAGUGCAUUGACAAUAUAUUUCCUCACGUUGAAGGGAUCUGUCUGAAUGUUUUAGAACAUCACAUUCAGAGUGCAAAGAUAGUGAUAUUUCCUCUUGAAUCUCUGCAUACAAAUACUUAUUUCAAAAUAGGAUGGUAACUUAGGCAAAGUUGAUAUUUGAAUAAAGUAUUUAAAACAAAACUAAUCCUUUUCCUGAAGCUAGCUGGGGAAUGGGUUAGCAGGUGAUUUUGUAUAGACUAAUGGAUUAAAAUAAUCAGCUCCUGUACCCUCUCAAAUGAGCAGAAGAAUCAAUUUAAAAUAGCUGGAUUGGCUUCCUCUACAGUAAUUAUUUCUUCACAGUUUAGUAUCUCUUUAUAAACCAAUAUAAAGUAUGAAGACAUGGAGUAGUGAGACUUGUAUAACAAAAGAUUAAAGAUACAAUGCUACUUUCCUGAGUACAAAUAUGCAUGAGAGGGGUGUUUCUCUUGUUUGGCCCAAGAACUCAGAAGAGUCAAUCUAUAAACAGGGGGAAACUGUCACACAAAACUCCUGCUGAAGCAAAACUUCCAGCUCAACAACACUUUUUGUCAGAACUUAUCUGAACGGUGCUAUUAUUUCAUAAGUGCAUCUUUGCAGUGAUCUGUUGAGAAACAAAAGGUGCUUUGGUAAUUUGGGAUUCCAGGAAGGCUUUUAAAAAGUAUCAAAAGUCUAAGGGGGGGGGGGUUAAACAAAUCUAAUUAAUUUCCUUAAAGUAAAUUCUCCCUUGGAGAAACUCACUUAAUAAAUGAGGUUAUUGCACCACCAGCCUUAAUCUUUGCUCGUACAAUCAAAUAUAAUGAACUAAGAACAGACUAUAACCAUAUAAUGACCACCAAAUGCUGUUCCUGCAACUAGCUAAGGGCACACAGCUCACACAGAAAGAUGUUCUCAUAGGUGCUUUGUAUUAUUUGACCUGCUUUAGGUACUGCAUAUUAGUCUAGUGGCUCUGGGGAAGAGUUUUAAGAGGAUGUGUGUUGGAAGCACUACAAGGGGCUAAGGCUAGAGAUCUAAGAAUUUACACCAAAUUUAGUAAGGAUGAAAACAAAAUCACACAUCACACCAACCCUUCCAAAACCCUCUAAUUUAUCUGAUAACAGACUAAGCCACUCUUAUUGAUUUGAAUAACAAGAGUCCAAUCUCUGCAGAGGAAUAAAUAAUAUAAAGAAGGUGGUA